AUGAAUUGUAAUCAUUGGAUAAAUAAUAUAUCAAAUGAUCAAGAUGAAGAAGCACUUUUAAUACAACGAGAAAACUGGAGUAAAUUAUUAGAAUUUUAUUGUUCAAAUAUGCCUCAACAAUGUCAAACGAAUAUUUUUCAAUCAUUAUCAAUAGAAAUCUUAUGUUCACAUUGGCAAGAUUUAUGUUUAGAAUUACGUGAUGCUGCUAGAAAAUUAUUAGAAAAAGAAAUUGAUCAUUUACAUAACGAUAAUGAUGCAUGGUAUAUACUGAUUUCGAAAUGGUCGAAUUUAUUUCAUCAGUCAUAUAAUAAAGAAACUGAUGGAGCUUUACAUGAUCCAAAUAUUCAAGAUAUACUUCUUGAUGAUACCGCUUAUAAUAAUGACACAACAACAACAACAAUAAUAAUGAAAGAACAAUAUAAAAGACAACAAUUACUAUCUAUUGUUUUUAUGGGUAUUAUCUGUGCACGAUAUGGACAAGAAGUUGAACAUGCAAAACAAUCAUCAGUUACGAUUAAAGGAUUUUCAGUUGAAAGUCCAGAAAUAAUUUUAAAUUUGAGUCAUAUUCUAGCAAGUCUUUUAUCUUCAUCUAAUUUCGAUCAUAUUCCAUUGCACACUGCUAUUCGUCGGACAGCAAUCGAUCUUAUCGGUCAUGGUUAUACUACAUGGGAACCCUAUUUAGAUAUUGGACAAGUAUUACUAACAUUAUUUGAUUUAUGUUCUAUUAGUGAUAGUGCAAAAACGACAAACAAUGCACAUGGUGGAGUAUUAACACCAAAAACUGAUACUUGUUUAACAGCGCGAACAGCCCUUUAUUUAAUUGCAACGUCUCGUUCACGUGUAGUUAUAACGACACUUACACGUGAAAUAGCUAAAUAUGCUCUUGUUCAAUCUGGAACAACAUCAUCACCAACAUCAAUAACACUUAAAAAUGAACAUAAACUUGGAAUACUUCAUCUCAUUCAAAUUCUUAUUGAAAAAUGUCCACAAGAUAUUGAAGACUUAAUUCUUGAAGUUAUUGAUAUUACUUUGAAUUGUAUUGAUUUGAAUAUUCUUCGACAUAAAGGUGUUCAAGCUGUAUCAGAAACAUUUGGAUUAUUAUUAAAAUAUCCAACAGUAACUUAUUGUCACGGCUCACCUAAAUUAUGUGUUGGCACAAAAACUGGUCUUCUUGCUUUAUACGAUUUAAAAACGCCAAAAUGUCAACCAUCUCAAGUUCUACCAAAAACUGAAAUAACUACGUGUGUAGAAUUUUCAACCGAUGGAAAAUAUCUUGCUUCGUAUUCAGGUUACGAAGGAAAAUUAUAUUUUUGGCAGACAUCGGCAAAUACAUUUUUUGGCUCAUCAAAUGCACUUCAUCUUAGUUCAAGACAUGAUGCUCAACGACUUGAUCGUUCGAUACUAUCACCAAUGGAACAAGUUAGUCUUAAAUGGAUUGAUCGUACUCAUGUUACAAUGUGCUGGCAGGAUGAUAAAAUUGAAAAGAUCUUUAAAGUAUAA